AUGUGUGCCACUAUAGCAAAGCUGGCAGUCCUAAGCAAGACCACCAGAGGUGGCAUUGAAGUAGAGCUGGUGAAGGAACACAUUUUGAUGAACUCCAUCUCUUCUGGGAAUAGCAGCCUCCGACAGAAGAGUAGUGAUAAACAGGCGGGCGACGCGCGGCCGCGGGGCCACCUGGCCGCCCUGGUGCUGGCGCGCGGCGGCAGCAAGGGGAUCCCGCUGAAGAACAUCAAGCUGCUGGCCGGGGUGCCGCUCAUCGGCUGGGUGCUGCGCGCCGCCCUGGACGCUGGGGUCUUCCACAGUGUGUGGGUUUCUACAGACCAUGAUGAAAUUGAGAAGGUUGCAAAGCAGUUUGGUGCUCAAGUUCAUCGAAGAAGCCCUGAAGUGUCUCAAGACUCCUCUACUUCUCUAGAAACUAUCAGAGAGUUUCUUAACCAUCAUCAUGAGGUUGAUAUUGUAGGAAAUAUUCAAGCAACGUCUCCCUGUUUACAUCCCAGUGAUCUUAUAAAAGUGGCAGAUCUGAUCCAGGAGGAGGGCUUUGAUUCUGUCUUCUCUGUUGUAAGAAGGCAUCAGUUUAGAUGGAGCGAAGUGAAAAAAGGAGAAAACAAAAUGACAGAGCCUCAAAACCUGAAUCCAGCAAAACGGUACCGGAGGCAAGACUGGCCUGGAGAGCUGUAUGAAAAUGGCUCAUUUUACUUUGCUAAGAGGCAUUUGAUUGAGAAAGGCUACUUGCAGGGUGGUAAAAUGGCCUACUAUGAAAUGCGUGCUGAGCACAGCGUCGAUAUUGAUAUAGACAUUGACUGGCCUAUUGCGGAGCAAAGAGUGCUGAGCUUUGGAUAUUUUGGUAAAGAGCCAUUGAAAGAGGUGAAGCUAUUGGUUUGCAGUAUUGAUGGAUGCCUGACAAAUGGUCGCAUUUAUGUGACAGAAGAUCAGAAGGAAAUGAUCUCUUAUGAUUAUAGAGAUAUUGUUGGGAUUGAUCUCUUAAAGAAAAGAGGAAUCCAGGUUCGACUUAUUUCUGAAAGAGAUUGUUCAAAAACACUGUCUGCCAUGCAGCUGGGAUGUGUAGCAAAAGUUAACACAACCAAUAAAUUACAAGUUCUAGAGGACUGGCGAAAAGAUAUUGGUUUGACCUGGAAAGAAGUGGCUUAUUUAGGAAAUGAAGAGUCUGAUGUGGAAUGCCUGAAAAAUGCUGGCAUGAGUGGUGUGCCUGCUGAUGCUUGUACAGUUGCUCAGAAGGCCGCUGGUUAUAUUUGUAAAAGCAGUGGCGGCUGUGGAGCCAUCCGAGAGUUUGCAGAACACAUAUUCCUGUUGUUAGAAAAAGUGAACUCUGCAAGAAAACAGAUAGAAGAAGUGAGUUCACCAGGAGAAGAAACUGGGGGAAGUGAGAACAGCAGGACAGGAAAUAAGGAACUAAUUAAAAAGAAAUAACAUAAUUGUUCUCUUGCUUAUCUCCUUUUCCCCUUCCUCUCUGAAUACGUGUGUAUCCCAAAGGAUAGCUUGCCUUUCAAGUUCAACAGAUAGAGAGAAACAUCCUUUUCACUCUAAAUUAAGGUCCCACUUUGAUUAAAAGCUGAGAAAAUUUAUAUUUAUGAUUAUUUUAAAAGACAUUUAAGUGCAGUGGAAGGAGCCUACAAAAGGUAGCAUCCUCUAAAUAUUCCUUUAAUCGUUUUACCUGUUUUACAGGAAUGUACCCUUAUUUCAUAAUCAAAUAUUUUCAGGAAUGAUUUAUUUUUAUGAUAUGAGGAUUUAUGAUUCAGAUUUUUGGUAAUUUUGUUCUGUUAGUUUUGCUCCUUUUAUUUGUGCUUCCUGUAUCAAAUGUCAGCAUGACACUGUAACUGUACUUGCUUUUUAUGAGAUGCAUCUCUAAUAAGCAUGGGUUUUAACAUACGCUGGAGAAGUCAGGUUUAAAAUAAAUAUCAAACUUUUUCAUGUAUUUUUAAAAGAGUUCAGAUACUAUAAAAUCAGUUAAUAUUAGUUAAGAAUGUGCUCAAUUUUAAGCUCAUAAAUAAUUAAAUAGUGCUUGGAGUUGUGCCUCUUAACUUUGAAUCUCUUUAAGCACUUAAAUGAAACUCAAUGUAAGUUAACAUACACAAAUUCAUUGCUCAGUUUGGAGCUAAAUUUCCCAUUAACCUUGAGAUCUAUCUAUUUCAGAAAUUAUUUCUUUCUACAAAGGCUUUAUUAUGAUGAUUAACAGCAGAAAAGAUCUUUAUUAUAUGAAAAAGUAAUUGCUGUAAAAAAAACUCAUAGUUAAAGUUUGUGGAUUUAUAUAAAACAUUCAGACUAUUUUUAGCAUGUUAAUUUAAAACUGGUGUAUAUGUAUGUGUAUUUAUGUAAAAUACAGUUUUUGUGCUGUUUUGAUUUAAUGAAGUUGGUGAUCCAUAAACAUUUGCAUAAUCAACACUAAAAAUAUGGAUCUCUUUUCAAUGCUAGAAUUUACCAGUGGGUCAAGCUGAGCCUUGGGUUAUGCUAAAAAAUAAAAAAUAAUAACAGUCACACACAGGCAAUUACUACGGAAAUGAGUAAUAAUGGCUUAUUAUUUUAUUUUAUAUUUCUCUGCUAGAUAGACCCUCCCAAUAUGGUAUCUACUGCUCUCUGUUGAUUACCUUUGUGUUUACUUCCCAUUACUACGCAAGGUGUGGCAAAAGAAUUUCACUUAUCUGCUUCUGUUAACAGGUGAAUAGUUUGCUGCAGUAAUCUGCUCCUAUCAUUUAAGCACUUUCUUUUGGUCAGGUUUUAGGGUUCUGCCCUGGAUAAGUCCAUGGACUUUGGUAACAGGAGAGAGACUUUUUGGACAACACUGUGAACUUUGACUUAGGUAGCUAAAUCAUUUUCUUACAUAGACUAAUGUGAUAAAGCUGCUUAAGUUCAGAUUGGAUCAACAAAUCACUGUUGAUAAUUAGCCACAUUUUUGUUUUGCCUUGUCAUGGUCAAUUAAGUUUUUUUACUUUGAUUUGAAAAGCAAUUUCUUGUGAAUAGAUAUCUUUAAACAAGGCCACUGUGCUGAACUUGAUUCCCAUUCCUUCUAUUAUAGAGAAGACAAAAAUUUGAGUGAGUACAAUUAUUACAGUAGAAAUAUGCAUUGGCAAUGCUGUUUGUUAGCAACUUUUAUCUGAAUCAACUCUUUUAAUAUUUCAGUAAUUUUGCUGUGUGUACAGCAAAUCUCUGCCCAAAAUCUCUACAUGUCUCAAAAAAUAAAUGCAUAAACAUUUUUGUAUGAGUGUUUGCAACAGGCAGAAAAUGGUAGUUGGUACGUAAGUGUUUUCACUUAGACAAAUUCUUAUUUUAAAAAACCUAUUAUAAAAAUCUUAUAUUGGACAUACAAGAAUUAUAUAGAAACAAGAAAUGAAGAAUGAAAGACCUCUAGAGAAAUUUAACAAAAUAAGCCUUGUUUGAGUGUUUUAAUUUAUGCUGUGAUCUGGCAAAUACUUAACAAAUUCAUAUUUCCAAUACCCACAUGGGAUGUGGGAAACACAGGGUCCUUUGCCCAAAAGGUUCAGAUUUGUAUUGCUCACAAUAGCAAGGGAAAGCCUAACUAUAAAUUAAGAGUAAGACAUGGGAUGUCUCAAUUCCUUCUCUUGACUCUACAGAAGAUACUCAAUCACAUGGAGGAUUUAGGGGUCACAAAGGGGCAUAGACAAUGAGUAUGGCUAUAAUAAUACCCUUAAAAGGAAAAUCUGGGUCCUGGGCCACCUUCAAAGUUGUAAUAUUUUUUGUUAAUAAUUGUUUCAGUACAUAUCCUGGCACCAUGCUUGUCUCUCAUUAGAGGUAUGUGGUGUACUCAGACUUGUAUUUUAAUAACUGCUUUAAUGAAAGUGAGCUAAUUUUAGAAUAAUUUGCUUGGUUAUCAGAAGUAAAUUAAAAUGAGGAAAAAUGUAA